AUGACAGCAUAUGCGAAUGCACCAACUCGAAGACUAAAGCUGCAUAUUUUAAGCAUAUAUGCAUACAGGUAUACAGUGAAAACCCUAAUACGACUACACGAGCCAUAUGCCAAAGUCACCAAGUGGCAGAUAAAUCAAGCACGUACUCAUGCAAGACUACACGGUCCAGGAACAAUCCAAGAGACUAAAAUGUCACACAGGGUGCGAGUCGAUGCAGCAAAGCUCGACCACUUUAUUGACUUUAUCAAUAGGUCGCACUUUUACCAGGACGUUGCCUUUGGAGUACGCAAGUUAAAACUGGAGAGCGGUGAGUGAAUAAAAAUGCCAAAUACCGCGUGUAUCAUCACCAGAUCAACCAUGGUAGCCCUCUACAUGAAAUACUGUACAGAAGAAGGCUUUACUAGUCCACUUUGUCGCCGCACAAUGUUGAGGAUCUUAGAAGUAUGUGAAGCCUCUCAGUGUAAGUCAUUGCGAGGAUUAGAUAAUACUGCUGCUGAUGGAGUGAUGGGAUUUCAGACAAUUGAAAGAAUAGUGAAUGAUCUUGAACAAGCUGGUGUGGACAGCGCCUGGGCAGAAGAGACGAAAGAAAGAUUGAAAAAUGGGAAAUUAUACCUCAGAGUCAAAUAUCCUGUUCAUUGCUCAAUGGAAAGCAGUCUUGCAAAGAUCAUUGUGUGA